AGAAAACAUGCGUAGAGAAGUGAGGUUAGGUCAUUGCAUGGUGGAUUGUGCAGUAAACAAAAAUUUGAAUAAAACAGAAUAAAUUAUUAAUAACAAAUUAAACAAAUUUGAUUUUGCAAUGGGACAAAAAGGAAAAAAACGACCGAAGAGUUUAAACCCUGCAAACGAAGAAAGUUCGCCUAAAAAGCUAAAAAAUGAAAGAAACACCACGAAUGAUUCAGAGGACGAAAUUUCUCACGAAAGUGUUGAAGUCGAGAAUGACUCCAGUUUGAAAGGUAAAAAAAGCAAAAAGUCGAAAAAAGAGAAGACUGAAUCAACCAAUGUAAAAAUGGACGAAUCAAAUGAAGAAAUAAAUGAUAGUGAAUCGCAAAAGAAAAAGAAAUCGAAGAAAGAGAAAAGAAAAUUAAAAGAGCAUAGAGAAGCAAUCGAAGUCACACAAAAUGUAGAAGAAACUGAAAAUAUUAAAGUUAAAAAGAAGAAAAAGAAAUCCAAGGAAGAAAAAAGUAAGGUCGAAAUAGAAGCAAAAGAAGAAUCUGCCGAAAAUGGAGAAGAAAACGAUGUUGUUACCAAGAAAAAGAAAAAACCUUCCAAACGACAGUUGAAAAAGGAAAAGCAGGAACUGAGGGAAAAGGAAAAACGUGAGGCAACCAAAAAUGAAUCUGCAACAAAAGCUUUGAACUACGUUUCCAAGUGGAAGCAUGCGAAAAGCGAAUGGAAAUUUGAGAAAGUGAAGCAGAUCUGGCUAGUAAAUAAUCUUUUUGAUGAAAACCUAGUGACCGAAAAAUUCUAUCCAACUGUUCUGGAAUAUUUUGAAGGAUGUAAAGGAAUGGUCAAGGAUCAACUGGUAAAAAAAGCUAUGGAAGUAAUAAAAAAAAUAGAGGAAGUAGUUGAAGAAUCCGAAGACGCAGUGGAAUCCAUAGAAUACCAGAGAGCCAGACAAUUAUUGCAAGCUUUGCCGACAGAGACUUGAAAAUUAAUACAAAUAUGAAUGGAAUAGUUGAAUUUGGUGCUUUUUUUAACAUUUGUAGAGAAAGAUACAAAGUGACAUCAUUUUUUUCCGCUGGGGAUUCCUUUAUGAACAAAACUGCAUCUAUUUAUAUUAAUCCGUUGUACAAAAUUAUUGUAUCGAAACUUUUAAAAUAUAUUUUACAUUGUGAGGAACGAAA